AUGCUGGACCUCAUUCCUGGUCCCACUCGGAUGCUUCCUAAUGUUUUACAAGCUUUAGGAUCUUCAUGUGGCUCUUCAGAUAUUGAUGCGUCAUUUUGGGACGAUUACUUGGCUCUAGAAUGUCAUUUACAGAGCAUUCUCCAUGCCAAGAGCUGUAGUAUCGUUAUCCAGUCAGGAGAAGCUAUGUUAGCUCUAUGGGGUGCUCUUAAGAGCACUAUCAAGCCCGGGGAUGUCGUCGUAUGUGCAUCCAAUGGAAUCUACGGUGAUGGAUUUGCAGACAUGGCCAAAGCGCUUGGAGCUAACGUUACUGUGGUGAAAAGUGACUGGCGUAAAACCGUCGACGUGGAUGCUUUGUGCGCUGAGAUUCGUCGCUGCAAUCCAAAGCUAGUGACAGCAGUACACUGUGAAACACCAAGUGGUGUACUCAACAAUUUGAAUGGUGUUGGAGAUGCUGUAGCUACCUAUACGACGGAUGGACUCUUUUUAGUUGAUUUUGUGUCGAGUGCAGGAGGUGCUUUGCUGAAUGUCGAUGCGUGGAAGAUCGAUUUGGGUUUGUUUGGUCCUCAAAAAGCUCUUUCAGGACCUCCAGCGCUGGCGUGUACGACAGUAAGUGAGAAGGCGUGGAAACGCAUUAAUGACGUUCAAUACGUAGGAUAUGAUGCCUUGCAGCCGUUCUACCGAGUAGCUCUUCAGGAGCCGCGUCUGCUGCCGUAUACACACAACUGGCAGGCGAUUCGUGCGACUCUUGUUGCUUGUGAGAAUAUCAAACAAGAAGGUGGCAUUGACGCUGUCUUGUGCCGACAUGCUGAGGUGAGCGCAUUUGCGCGUCGUGAAGUGCAAGAGACUCUAAAACUCAAGCUCUAUGGCGAUGAGAGUGCGGCUAGUCCGACUGUCACUGCUUUUGAACUGCCUGAGGGCAUUGAAUGGAAUGCACUACAGGGAGAACUUUGUGCACAAAAGCUGCAUGUUGGUGGUUCUUACGGACCGCUAAAGGACAGAGUACUGCGCUUAGGCCACAUGGGCACACAAGCGAACAAAGAGGUUGUAGCCAAGGCGAUUGAGAUUAUUCGUGCUGCGCUAGAGAAGCUGAGACAGAUGCAAGACCGUGAUUGA